AUGGAGCGCACAGUGGAGAUACCCCUGGAGGAGGAGGCUGCCGGGAGCCACAGAGCCUCCAGGAUGCACCUCAAGGAGGAUGUGAGGCGACUCCGGUGCAGCAUGAUCCUGUGCCUGCUCUCCGUGCUGCUCCUGGCACUGCUCACAGCCUUCCUUAUGGCAGCGAGCCUUCGCGCACCCAGCGCCUGCUCCAAUCAGGCUGCCGAGGAGAAGGGCUCUCGCUUUCUGAAGCAGCGGGCACUAGCUACAGGUAUGGAUGUGCUUUCCAGUGCAGAAAAGCCACGAGCUCACCUCACAGUGAAGAAACAAGACCUCAUCAAAACCACAGGAAACCAGCUGCCGAUCCUUCAGUGGGAAGACAAGCGUGGCUUGGCCUUUACCAAGAACAACCUCAGCUAUUUCAGCAACGCACUGGUGAUACCUGUGUCUGGGGACUACUAUGUCUAUGCUCAGGUCACUUUUCGAGGGCCCACUGAAAGUUCCAGCAAAACUAAUUCUGUUACUGAGAUCAUCACCAAAGUCACUGACAGCUAUCCCGAGCCCACCCAGCUGCUGACUGGCACCAAGACCCUCAGUGAAAAGGGAAACAACUGGUUCCAGCCUAUUUACCUGGGCGCUGUGGUUUCCUUAGAAGCAGGGGACAAGCUAAUGGUCAAUGUCAGUGACAUCAAACUGGUUGACUACACUAAGGAGCACAAAACUUUCUUUGGUGCUUUUUUACUGUAGGGCUU